GAAUUUUUUUGUGUGUUUCCCCAUUGUGUGUUUGUGUGUUAGUGAGCAAGUUGCCAAACAUUUCAGAAACUGAAACUGCAUGCAAAUUGAUUGAAAUGACAAAAGUUGAAUGACAACUUGGUGUAUGCCAUUUUGUUUGGUGUAUGGAAAUUGAUAGUAGUCAACUUUGGGAAAAAUGUAGAUGAAAAUCCUUAAAUGAAAGCUCUUCUAAUUGCCGAACAAUGACAACAACAGCAAUAGCAACAAAUCUCCAUACGACAACAAAUAAGCAAACGAACCAAACUGAGCGAACAAAAGCAAAAUCAUCAUCAGCAACAGAAACAGAAACAACAAGCAAAAACUUUUUGGCUAAAAGCAGCAGCGAAAAUCGCUGCAAAAAUUGAGUCACAGCAUCAUCAGCGACAGCAGCAGCAGCAGCAGCAGCAGCAGCUGAGGAGAUGCUGUUGAUGAUGACGCCCACAUCAUGUGGGCCAGGUCCGCCACCAAAACGAAAAAAAGAUGCCACCACUACCAGUAACAGCAGUAGCGGGAGUGGGGCCGGGAACGGAAAUGGGAACAGAAGCAAAAGCAAAUCCAACCCCAUAUCGGGCAUUCCCAAAUGGCUUCUAAUGCUGCUCAUCAUGCUUUUUGCCAUGGCCCAGAGUCAAGUGGCAGGCGAGAAGAGCAAACAUUACUAUAUGCAAUCACUAUGCAAAAAUCAUUUUCUUCAGCAACUUUAUCGAAAAAUUGAUGGCGCCGUUCUCUGGUCACAGAAUGAACGUAAUCUUGAUUGCAUAAUUACCUUCCAAACGCAUUCGGUUCUGCAGCGUUUCAUGUUGCGUUUCGAUAUGCUGCAAUUGGAUUGCAAUGAUCAUCUUUUAGUCUAUGAUGGAGCCCAUGCUGUAUCCACGCCAAAGAUUGAUAUCUCGUGUCGCAACACAAAGAACACCGUGAAUGCUCUUUUGACCCGCACAAAUUUUGUGACACUGAAAUACGUGACCGAUGGCUGGGGUACCGAUGCGAAUGGUUUCAAAUUGGUGAUAACAUCGGUUAAGGAUCCAAAGCAUACUUGCAAAGAUUUCACAUGUGCCACACGUGAAUUCUGUAUACACCCCGAUCUACUAUGCGAUGGGGUAAAUCAUUGUGGCGAUAAUUCCGAUGAAUCAGUUCAAAAUCUAUGCCAAAGUGAAACAACCAGCACAGUUUUUGGCAUGGAUAUGACCUGGUUCGUAUUGAUUGUGGUCGGUGUUCUGCUUGUGCUAAGUGCUCUCAUUGUGGCGAUUGCUAUUUGUGUGUGCCGUCGCCAAGACGAGAAUACCGUCAAUCAAAAUCUACCAGUGCAGUUGCAUCCUACAAAUGCCGAUACAAAUGGAUCAUCGAAACAUCUGCAUUACCAUGGCGUUGGCAUUGGCACUCUGACAAGGGAGCACACACAAUUGCCGCCAACGUCGGGAAACUGGCAUCACCCUGCGGGACCAUCCGGGUACCACCGCAUUCCACACAAUUACUUGAAGAUGGCCACCAAAGUCCGUCCCAUUUGGUGCUUGGCAAAUUCCGUCAAUUAGGUCAAGAUCUUUCACAACAAAAUUCGGCCGGUCUCAGCCAGACGAACAUCGCUGUUGGCAUUGGCAAUCAUUCGAAUGCCGCCAAUGCUGCUGCAGCUGUUGGUGCUGCGCAAAAGGAUGAAUGGUUCGUCUAAAUUGGCCAACGAAUGAAUGAAUGAAUGAAAGAUUUAUAUAUGAACAACAACAACAACAAAAAUGAGGAACAACAACCGACAAACAUUGACUUGAGCACAAUAAUCUGUAAUUUAUUAAGUAAAUUUUAUGGAUAUUUGCAGAGCAUUAAAUGAAGACUGUAUGACUAAUAAAUGUGGACAUCACCGCGCAGGGUGUAUGAUUAAGAGAUCUCUGCUGGUACCCAAGCAGAAUCUCGCCAAGCAUUGGGCAAGAAUAUCUCCAAAAACCAAAAUAUAUAUAUUCUUGUCGGAUAACCAAUGCAAUUGUAAAUAGUUUAUAAAUAUAUAUUAAAUGAAAACAAAAACAAAUUCCCCACACAAAUAACUAGAACCCAAAGAAGAAACAACAAAUAGAAGAGACCCCUGUCCUUUACCCUUUGAUCCUUUACCAAAUGAACUAAAUUAUAGCCUGUACCCAAAGGGUUGUCUUUAAAUCUUUCGCCUGGAUACGGAUUCUUUUCUUAUUAAUAAUAUUUUUUCCCCUCCCUCCUGUCCGCUAGGCUUUGCCCAUUAAAAAAUUUAAACAAACCAAAGUCAAAUUUGUAAAUUGGCAUUGCAAAUUUCAUUAAGUUCAAUAGACAAGGCCCUUAUUUGGCUACAGGGUAUUGUCUCAGAGUCGGCAUGUCGGCUUACUAAAAUAUAUAAUAAAUAUAUGUUUAUUUUAUUUUCUUUUCUAUUUCUGAUGGCAUUAUGUAUAUCUGUUGAAAUUUAGUUUUGCUAGAAUAAUUCCUAGGAAGGCAAUCAUAGAUCUAUUGCUCUUCAAUUACAAUAUUAACAUUAUUAUUUUUAUUUUUUGCAAAAUGAAUAUGCAUUGCGGGUUAAGAAAGAAAACGUUCUUAAAAACAAAGCUAAACUAAUAAAAAGAAAAAGAAAAGAAAAAACGAGGAAUGAGUAACAAUCGAAUUGAAAGCAUUUAAAUGGAAAAUAUAAAAAAAAAAAGAUAGCAAAAAAAAACAAAUUCCAAAAUAUGAAGUAUUAAAGCUCAAGCAAAGAAAUAUGAAAACGAUAACUGUCAUUAAGUAUACAAGUAUAUAACUUCCGAUUUUUACAACAACCAAUAAUGAUAAUACAAUGGACACAACAACAACAACAACAACAUGAACAAGAACAACAACAAAAACAAGGGAUGUACAUAAAGUAGUAGACAAUAUUAUAAUGAACAAAAUAAAUAAAGAAAAAAAAAUUA